CAUAAACACACGGCCGUUUCUGUGCUACUAGUGUCAUCUUAUCUCUUUCUCCUUCCCUCCCAAAAAUCUUCAGCAAGGGCAGUGGAAGAGGAGCAGCUGAGCAAGAAUGGCAGCACCGGGUUCCCUAGGCCUUCUCCACGCCCCGUCCUUCACCGCGGUCAAGUGCCAGCCGGUGGCGAGCCGGGCAGCUGCGCCUGCGCGGCGAGCGCCACGAGCACUGUUCGCCGUGCGCGCCUCGGCAGCUGGCGCGGCCGACAAGGACGCCGUCCUCAAGGCCUUCCGCGAGAACAGGGCUCUCAAGAUUAUUUCUGGGCUCCAAAACUUCGACAGGAGCAGUGUUGCAUCUGUUGUCACGGCUGCAGAUAAGGGAGGUGCUACCCAUGUUGACAUAGCAUGUCACGAGGACUUAGUAAAGCUUGCACUGGACCUUACCACCCUUCCUAUCUGCGUCUCAUCUGUAGAUCCUUCAGCGUUCCAUUCUGCAGUACAAGCUGGAGCUAAAAUGAUUGAGAUUGGAAACUAUGAUUCCUUUUACGAGAUGGGCAUUGAGUUCUCUUCUGAGCAGAUACUGAAGCUGACAAGGGAAACCAGGAAGAUGCUUCCAGGCAUCGCCUUAUCAGUAACAGUUCCUCACACACUGAGCCUGCCAGAUCAGAUGAGACUUGCAGAGCUACUCGAAGAGGAGGGCGCUGAUAUCAUCCAAACUGAGGGUGGAAAAUGUUCUAGCCCUACAAAGCCUGGAGUGCUUGGAUUAAUUGAAAAGGCAACACCAACACUGGCCGCAGCAUACUCCAUCUCUCGGGCUGUCAGCAUUCCAGUGAUGUGCUCAUCAGGGUUAAGCUCGGUGACUGCACCAAUGGCAGUAACAGCUGGAGCUGCUGGAGUGGGAGUCGGUUCUGCUGUUAACAAACUCAACGACGUUGUGGUGAUGAUUGCUGAGGUGAGAAGCAUUGCACAAUCAAUGGGGCUGGCUUCAAGAAUCGUGUCAGAAAACUUGAGAACAGUUCACCACUAGUGGGUAGGAACCAAUCUUUUGCUUUUCCUGAGGGAACUUGAACAGUCAAUAAGAAAGCAGAGGAUGCAGCAGCUCUGCACCGUAGAAGUGCUGCCUUGAUCAAUAGAAGUUGUAAGAACUGAAUUGUUUUCCAUGUGUCUCUUUUAUCGCUGCACGUGGUGUUGAACUCACAAGUCACAAGCUUCAGGUAGGUGCUGGGUUUGUGGGGGACAAAUUGUUUGUGCAAUGCAAAUGAGCUCUUGCUCUUGCUCUUGCAAAUUUGACUCUAUUUUACGUUCCGUGGAGGAAAAUUGUCUUAGAGGCAUCUGCUACUGCUAGCAGUACUUCAGAGUUCAGCAUUAA